GUGUGAGCCGAUCAGCUGACUCCGCCGGGGGAGGAGGAGGAGGAGGAAGAGGAGAGAGAAGAUGGAAGGGAACAGGGACGAGGCAGAGAGAUGUUUAAACAUAGCGACCACAGCCCUGGAAGCUGGAGACAAGGAGCAGGCGGCGAAGUUUCUAAACAAAGCGCAGAGGCUGUUCCCGACCGACAGAGCCAAAGCUUUGUUGGAUGCAUUAACGAAGAAUGGGAGCUCGGCGGGUAAUGGCGCAUACAGAAGGAGACCAGCAGAAAGCUCAGAUGGCACCGGUGGCCGGUCAGAGAGGGAAGGCAAAGAAUCCGGUGGAAAUGAUUCAUCCAAAGGCUUCACCAAAGACCAGGUGGAAGGUGUGCAUAGAAUAAAGCGGUGUAAGGACUACUAUGAAGUACUCGGCGCCAGUAAAGAAGCCAGUGAGGAUGAGCUAAAGAAAGCCUACAGGAAAUUAGCGCUAAAGUUCCAUCCGGACAAAAAUCAUGCACCCGGAGCAACAGAGGCCUUCAAAAAGAUUGGUAAUGCGUAUGCAGUGCUGAGCAGCCCGGACAAACGACGGCAGUACGACGUGACGGGAGGGGAGGAGCCAAGCAGCCCGGGGCACUCGCACGGGGCAGGCUUCGACUUCCACAGGGGCUUUGAGGCCGACAUCACUCCUGAGGACCUCUUCAACAUGUUCUUCGGAGGAGGUUUCCCUUCUUCAAGUACACAAACCUUCACCAACGGCAGAACGACCUUCAGCCAUCAGACAGAUAACCGACAAGAGAGAACAGAAGAAAGAGGAGAUGGUGGUUUCUCAAUGUUUAUCCAGUUGAUGCCCAUCGUGGUCCUGAUUUUAGUGUCGAUACUGAGCCAGAUGAUGGUUUCCCCUCAAGCUUACAGCCUCUAUUCUAGACCUUCCACGGGUCAGACCUUAAAGCGACAGACAGAAAACCUGCGCGUCGACUACUAUGUCUCUAGAGAUUUCAAGUCUGAGUUUAAAGGCUCGGCGCUGCACCAGAUCGAGAAAAAUGUGGAGGAGGAUUACGUAGCUAAUGUCAGAAAUAACUGUUGGAAGGAGAGACAGACAAAAACAGACCUGCUGUACGCUGCCAAGGUGUACAGGGAUGACCGCAUGCGAAAGAAGGCAGAGCUCCUGACCAUGGAUAACUGCAAGGAGCUGGACAGACUAAAUAGCCUAUUCAGAGGAGGAUGAGCGGGACGCUUUUAGGUCAUGUAAAUAUAAAUGAAUAGAUGUGUAUGUUCAUGUUUUUUUAAAGAAGAGUCUUUACACUAGGAGCAAAAUCUUAAUAUAAUUUAGCUCUGUUGUCAGAAAUUUAAAAAUGUCGAUCUCCUCAUAUCCUCCACCAACUACGCUUCUUCAUCACUCCAGCCCGACCCCGGGAUCGCCUUGUUACGACUUCUUGAGCCAGUCUACACACUCACCUUUGAACGCUCCUGACACAUUCCUUUGUUUACUCACCAUUUCCCCGUGUUUUCCUGGAAACAAAAAGGACAAGGACCCUUGAUUGUGUAAAGGCAUGAGCUUCGAGUAGUGACUCAUAAGAAAAUCACUGUCUAUAAGAUCAACCCACAGCUUUCAUCCUCAUCAUCAUCUGCGUGACAUAAAUAUAAGAUGGGAGACUUUAUAGGUACGUCAGCUGGUGUUGUCCUCCAGAGAAAGUCCACUUGUGAAGAACCCAGAAACAAAAGGAGAAAAUCAAGAAUAAUUUCAAGGUGCGGAUGGAGAUCAGUGGAUUAUGAGGAGCUAUGUAUGAUUUUUGCCACUUGAAAAUUUUUUUAUGUUGACUGCUUGACAAUGUGAAGAUGGUUGGGACUUAUCACAGACACUGAAACUGUUGUUCAUAAAUGGUUGUAUAUUUUCAUUUUGGAAUGUUUGAAAUUUAUGCAGUUAUUUCAGUAACUAUAGAAGAAAAGGGUUUUUCUUUAAUGCUCGCCUAACCAUUUAAAUAAAGUAAAAUUAUUACCAUA